GUCACGUGAGGCGCUCCAGUAUCAGCUGACCCAUCUGUUGGAGGAAGAGAGGAGGAAGAGGAGGAGAAGGAGGCUGGACUGUGGGUUUCUCUGAGGCAUCGGUCCAGGGUCCCGCCUGCAACAUGAGGUUCCGGUUCUGUGGCGACCUGGACUGUCCAGAUUGGGUCCUAGCGGAGAUCAGCACAUUGGCCAAGAUUUCUUCUGUCAAGCUGAAGCUCAUCUGCAGCCAGGUUCUGAAAGACCUCCUGGGACAGGGGAUUGACUUUGAGAAAAUCCUGAAACUUACAGCCGAUGCCAAGUUUGAAUCUGGCGAUGUCAAGGCCACAGUGGCAGUGCUCAGCUUCAUCCUCUCCAGCGCGGCCAAACACAACGUGGACAGUGAGUCCCUCUCCAGUGAGCUGCAGCAGCUGGGGCUACCCAAAGAACAUGCCUCAGGAUUGUGCCGUUCCUACGAGGAGAAGCAGGGGCCCCUCCAGGAGAGCUUGAGGGGCAGCAGCCUAAGGUUGAGCAGAUUGGAUAGUGUUGGCUGGCGUGUGGACUACACGGUUAGCUCCAGCCAGCUCUGCCAAGUUCAUGAGCCAGAGGUGCACCUGAGGCUGGAUGUUCGGCGUAACCCAGGUGGUCCAGCAGAGCCCAUCGCCAUGACGAUGUCAGUGAAGAAGUUCCAAGUUCUGUUGGCAGAACUCAAACAAGCACAAGCCUUGAUGGGUUCCCUGGGCUGAGAGCUAUUGGAGAGCAAGAAAAGGAAGCCAAGGAGUGGGGCUGGCUCAGCUGAGACCCAAACCUCAGUGUGUGGGCUGAUGCCCCUUCCCUCUGUCUAUAGCACCCAUUCAACCUCUCCACCAGGCCUGCCCCCAUCUUCAGGACAGCUCAGCCCCAGGGAGCUCAGCAAAAGGACCUGGUUGGUUUGGGGACCCCGUAAGGUGCCUUCCUGAUGUCCACCCCUGCCACUGCCUUGCCCCAGUUUUGUACCAUUUUACUGAAGGAUGGAAGAAAUAAAUGUUGCUGUCAAGCCUG